GUAAAUAUAGAAAACAGAACCAUACCUUCCAAGAUCAAGAAAUGAAAACAGAUGCAUGGCUAGUAGAUCCAAUUGAAUCAUUGCAACUGAAUGUUUAAAACAUUUUAUCAGGCCCACUGUACAAUAUCCAUGUAAAUGCGUGUUCAGGAGACCCCAUUGAAUCAUUACAACUGGAUAUAGAAAUGCGUGUUCAGGAGACACACUGUACAAUAUGCAUGCUAAUGCAUUUUGAGAAGACCCCAUUGAAUCAUUACAACUUAAAAUAGAAAACAUAUUCUGAUACCCACUGGUCAAUUUCCAUAGAAUCUCAAGAACUGAUCUAGUUGACAUCACUCUUUAUGGUGAUCCUACAAAUGGCGUUGUGGAAAAGUGAAGAGAACGUUGGGUUUUGAGAACAUCCGGCAACUACUCUCUGAAUGCAUUCAUGCCCACAACGAAGCAAGGCAUCUUUUCCAACCGUUUUCUUUAUUAUACAAGUCAAACACAGUCCACUGUCAUGAAUUCGAUAUUAUUGCAGCUCGCUCGGUGCAUAGCUCUGUUCUACCGGUUAUAAAUAGAAUACAUUGCGCCUCUGGUCAUACCCAGCUUCAAGAACCGGAUUCAGAGCUAUCUAAUUCAGAAAUUAUUUUGUUGCUUGGUUUAACAUCCGAUGGCUCAAAAACAAGAAGAUUCAUCACAUACUGUAACGAUGUCUAGACCUCUUAGUCAAUCGGAAGAGAACUGGGCAAAGUUAACUGAUCAGGGAACUGGUAUCGCAGCUUGUGGAAUUGCUCUGAAGCGCUAUGUUGAAGAAAUACAGAUAACCAAGGCUUUGCAUGAGCUCAUGGAUCAUUAUGCUAUAGCAAGAGCUCGAAUUGUAGAGAAUAACAAAGGCAAGCUUUAUCUCCAGGUACAUAAUAGUCCAGCCAAACCAACGGUAAAGGAGAAAUCAUGGCCUAAUGUAGAUCACUCUAUAUUUAAUCCAGGGGUUUUGGAACUUCAGAAUGACGAUGAAAAUCAUACUUUAAGCUUAGCAUUGAAUCAAAUUGUCUGCUCUGAGAUUAAUAUUCCAUUCCUCAACAUAAACAAAAUUGCAGCUCCUCCUCUGGAUGUUCUAGAAGUUCACUUUUACAGGAAUUCAUCAAUGCCACAGACAAUUAUUGUCAUUAGAAUCCAUAGUGGUGCUUGUGAUAGGACCUCUUGUUGUGUAAUGGUGAAGCAUUUUCUUACUGCUUUGAAUGCAAUCGUUGAAGGAAGAAAGCCUGAGUUUCCUGAUAGUCCAGGAAAGAAUGAACUGACAUCCCCAAUGGAAGAUAUGAUACCUAAGGGCAAAGCGGAUAAAGGCUUUUUAACCAAAGGUCUAGAUGUUCUAGGAUAUGCUUUAGACUCUAAGAAGUACUCUCUGCUGCCAUUCAAUCCAGAAUUUACAAAAAUGCCCAAUAAUGGUUGCUUCAUGUCUGAUAUUGUCACAUAUAACCUCGGAAGAGAAGGAACCAAUGCUCUCUAUUCUGCAUGCAAGAAAGAAAACACUACCCUUACUGCAGCCCUUGCUUCAGCAUACUUGCAAACAGCUUCUAACAUCAAGGAAUUGAAAGAGAAGAAAUUGAAUCAGUUUUGCUUCACAGGUGUGCUAGACUGCAGACCUUACUUUGAACCUCCAUUAGCAGAAAAUGCUCUUGGAAACUACUCUGCAGGGAUACUCCAAGGAGCCCAAGUAAAGAAUGAUAUAUCAUUUUGGGAUCUAGCACGUUUAAUUUCAUCAAAAACAGAGAAAGAAGUCAGAAAACAUAAACACUUCUCUGAGCUACCAGUCUUGGCCAUGCUUGUUAGACAGGUCAUGAAACAUCCUAGCUUGACUCCUAACUCCUCAAAGAGAUCUGGGUUAUUCACACUGUUCUUCGGAGAGCCAGGCAAGAUAGAGUGGAAAGAUAUGGAUUCUCUGAAUGUAGCAGGUAGCUUGGGACCUGUAGCAAGCAUGCAUGCAGUGGGUCCUUGCUUUUGUGCCUGCGAAUCUAUGAGGGAAGGCCCUGAUCUAUGCAUCUCCUUCAUAUUUGCUACACCUGUGUUCACCAAGGACCAAAUGCAUUGCUUUGCAACCUCUGUUUUUGAAUUGCUGAAAUCAUCAAGCUGUUUCUAAAAGUUAUCCCAUCAAAACCAACUCUUGUGAUAUGAACUUCCUGUUUGAUGGGUAUCAUGUCUCUUUCAUUUUAUGCUAAAUGUGAUUCCCUUGCUUGGUGGCAAAGUAUCAUAAAUGACAUUGGGUUAUAUUUCUUGCUCAUCGAUACUUUGAGGUGAUCAUUUGAGGGAAACUUUGACGGAAACCAAGGUAUUUUUAUGUUACCCUUAACUGGAGCAUGCCCUGUGCAGGCUUUCUUGCUGGGGUAAAGAGAUAUAUAACAAAAUCCAGACAUUUCUGUGAGUCAAAUUCGCAAUGCACUAAAAAUUAUGACAAGGAAUUUCGAUUGUAAUCCAAACUCACCGUGAUGCAAUCUGUAUGUAAGUAAUCCUGAGAAAGAUAGCUCCCAAAAUAUAUUGGUCUACUCUCGGUUAAAAAUUCUAUAAAUAUCUGAACUUCAAUAUAAAAAAUGAAGUGUUGGUUUUUAGCA